AUGGUUGUCGAAUGUGUGGCUGGCUUUCCACCCAACAAGAGGUGCAGUGACCUGAGCUUCUACCACUUCCUUGUCUGUUUUCCAGAUGGAUUUUGUGUCCCCGAAUGGGACAACCUCAUCUGUUGGCCAGAAGCAGCUCCAGGAAAAGUGAUCUCCAUACCCUGCCCAGAUUACAUCUAUGACUUCAACCACGAGGGUUUUGCCCACCGGCAGUGUGACUUAAAUGGCAGCUGGGCAUUGGUGCCCAACCAAAAUCGCACCUGGGCGAACUACACCGAGUGUGCCAAAUUCCUCACCCUUGAAACCACACAAAAGGAAGUCUUUCAUCGACUUUAUCUGAUUUAUACGGUUGGUUAUUCCAUCUCGCUGGGAUCGCUGACAAUCGCAGUUAUGAUCUUAGCAUAUUUCCGACGUUUGCACUGUACCCGGAACUACAUCCACAUGCAUCUGUUUGUCUCUUUCAUUCUCCGGGCGAUCAGCAUCUUUGUGAAGGAUGGUAUCCUGUAUUCCGGUUCCGCCCUGGAAGAGAUGGAAAUAAUCAAGGAGGAUGAGUUCAGAUCCAUGACGGAAGCUACCCCAACGGAUAACUCCACCCUGGUGGGCUGCAAAUUAGUCGUGACUCUCUUCCUGUACUUCCUGGCCACCAGUUACUACUGGAUCCUGGUGGAAGGUCUCUACCUUCACAGCCUCAUAUUCAUGGCCUUCUUCUCGGAGAAGAAAUACCUCUGCGGAUUCACGAUGUUCGGUUGGGGCCUUCCGGCUGUGUUUGUCACAAUCUGGGCAACGCUUCGAGCGACGUUAGCAGACACCGAAUGCUGGGAUUUAAGCGCCAGGUAUUUCAAGUGGUUUGUCCAGGUGCCUAUCCUCACGGCCGUGUUGGUGA